ACAUUUUCCACCUCAAACUCUGCGACGAAGAUCCGGACUUUGGUGGGGAACAGAGGCCAAAAUCCAGUCCUGGAUUAAAAGGCAAAGAUCUGACACGGAUGAUCAACAUUACAGUUUGGUUUGAGUAUUUUGUCAUUAAUGAGCUUCCAUACACUCAGACACUCACACACAGGAGCAGCUGAUCAAACAUCACAGGAUCUCUCACCCUCCUGCAGAGUUCAGUUCUACUCUGUUCGUCUCUCAGUCAUGUUAUCCUCGCUCGCCCUCCCACUCCGCCUCCGGCCUUCUUGUUUCCAAGGAAGCAGGCGCACCAUGACAACUGUCGUCUCUGGCAUCAAGACGUCCAAGUUGGUGAAGGAGAAGCUGAAGCAGGAGGUGGAGACCAUGAGGACCCGGUUCUCAGGGUUCAGACCCAGUCUGGUCGUCUUACAGGUGGGAGACAGAGACGACUCCAACCUGUACAUCAGCACCAAACUGAAGGCUGCAGCCCAGAUUGGAAUCGAUGCGAAACACGUGAGGCUGCCGACGACGGCGACGCAGGACGAGGUCCUGCAGAGCGUCAUGUGUGCCAACGAGAACCCGUCCGUCCACGGUCUGAUCGUCCAGCUGCCUCUGGACUCCGUUAACCACAUCGACACCGACCUCAUCACCAACGCCGUCUCUCCAGAGAAAGACGUGGAUGGUCUGAGCUGUGUCAAUGCAGGGAAGUUGUCUCGAGGUGACCUGAAGGACUGUUUCAUCCCCUGCACCCCCAGCGGCUGCAUGGAGCUCAUCAGACACACAGGCGUGUCUGUGGUGGGGAAACACGCGGUUGUGAUUGGUCGCAGUAAGAUUGUCGGAGCGCCGAUGCAUGACCUGCUGCUGUGGAACCACGCCACCGUGACCACCUGUCACUCAAAGACCGCAGACCUACCUGACCAGGUGACGUCACCUCAGGAGGAUGGUGGGCCGAGCCGAUAUCCUGGUGGUGGGGGCGGGAAGAGCAGAGAUGGUGAGAGGAGAGUGGGUGAAGCAGGGAGCCGUGGUCAUCGACUGUGGGAUCAACUACAUAGCAGUGACAGAUACGACGAAGGCGAGUGGAAAACGGGUCGUCGGCGACGUCCACUACGCCUCAGCCAAUCAGAGAGCAGGAUUCAUCACACCUGUUCCAGGAGGUGUGGGGCCGAUGACGGUGGCCAUGCUCAUGGAGAACACGGUACAGAGCGCUCAGCGUUUCCUCCUGAAGAAUCAGCCGACGAAGUGAAAAACGACACUGCAGGAAAAACUGAGAGGUGAAAAACAUGGGCUCUGAGUGAAGACACAUAUUUUACGUCCAUAAUCAGAGAAUAAAACAACUAAAACAAGAAGAAGAAAUGAAAUCUACUUGUUGUUGACUGAGCCUGUCAGUCCGAGCUGAGGGUCACACUGUCCUGACAGUCUGAACUCAGGGUCACACUGUCUCCUCUCAUCUUCAGCAGCAGCUGCUUGUUCAGGGGUCAGAGGUCGUUGUCAUGGAAACCAGCAGUUUCCUACUGUGACACCAUGAAGUACCUGAUCAGAGGGACGUUCGUGUUUCUGAUGAAUCAGUUUAAUAAUAAAACUAAAUCAUCUCA